AUGGCAUUAUAACUUUAAAAUAAACUUCAAGGAGUCCUCAUGGUUUUUGAAGACACUUUCAGAAACUCUUUGUACAUGGAAAUGGAUCAAACUGAUUUAUAACAGAGAGCUGCUGAUAUGCUCAAAUUUCAAAAGGAAUUAUUGACUCUCAUUGACUAAAUGCCAGACAUCGAUGAUUCAGUCUAAAAAACUAAAUUACAGGAGUACUUCCUCGAAAAAGAUAUACAAAUCGAUAGACACAACCAAUUGAAAAAAGAAUUAAAUGAAUUAAGUGAAAUAGUAGAUGUUAAAAUUUAAGAAUAUUUCACUUAAUAAAAAUGA